AGCGAAACAGGUGGAAAAAAACAAGGGAGGCGCCAGCAGUAGCAUGUUUUCGCUUAUCCGCUCUGCUGUAUGCACCAUAUAGGACGACCCUUGAUAAAUCUGCGCGAUCCGCUCAAGAAGGAACACUCAAGAGAUUUUCCUGUCGUUCCAGUCCCACGUGAAUCUGAAUCCGUCACCUGUCUUUCAACUUCCCACAUACGCCGAGUCCUUCAUCUGCACGAAAGCGACACCAGGAAAUCUUGCAAACUUUCACCUAAUCCCCACGUUUGUAUAGACGCUGUCCUGUCCGAAAAAAUGCAUCACAUCGGGUACGAUCCGUUCACAACCUACAAUUUGUCGAGGAUCCCCCACCGGACGUGCUAUCGUUUUGGUAUCAGAGUCUUUCCUCCCGACUAAUGCUUGGAAGUGGGAUCUUGAAGUGCCGUUGGACUGGAUGCUUCGAGGAUUUCACAGAUGUUAUAGCUUUAAGUCAGCACGUCUUGGACGCUCACGGGACAUGCGAGGGAUCAUAUUGUCUUUGGGAAUUCUGCAACCAGUAUAACUUUGCACUAUUAGACAGAACAUCUGAAGCAUCGAAGUCGCAUCUGCUUUCACAUUCGGUUUUCGAACUUUAUUCCUGGAAUUCAACCAAAGCUCUAAUAGAUCGUGGUCUGAACUACCUACCUCAUCCCUUAACGUGCAACCAGAAGUAUACUUCUGGCGAAAGCUCGGAUCAAUUUAUUCGGAAAAGUUCUGAAUUUGAGGCGGACGGUCUUCUGACCAUAGCAUUAAAGCCGGAGGCCGACUCACCUCUUCCUGUUGUACCCACUUUCUUUGGCUGUUAUGGCUGUCACUCUGUGUUCAAGAUGGAGUCCGAGCUACUGCAGCACUUUCUACCCACGCUUUAUGACUUGGUGCCAGAUACAAGUGGUGCCGAUACAAGUGGCUAUAGAUGCCAUUGGGUUGGCUGCAGCGAUACUUUCGAAACGCCUGGACGCCUUCAGUGUCAUGUCGAAAACCAGCACAUUCAACAUAACGUUUCUCCUUUUUGUCUUUGGCGGCGUUGCCCAAGCGACUCAAUGAAACUCACCUCAUUAGAUCGAUGGCGACGCCACAUGCUGCUGCAUACAUUCGUCGAAACGUGCAUAGGUUUGACGAAGGUGCGUUUGGAUGCUUGUCGACGGCAGUGGACCUUAGAAUGUCGCGGCGUCCCAAACCUGAAACCAUUUUACGUCAAUCGUUCAACGGACAAAUUGUUUUGGCUGGAAAAUAUUCUUGCUCAUGACUUCCAGUGCCGGUGGGCUGAUUGCAAUUUCAGCACCAGCUCCGCUCAUUUGUACACCGAACAUGUGGUCGAUCAUGCUACAGCCGAGGUGAACACUAAUGGACUGUGUCUUUGCCGUUGGAUGAUUUCCCCCGAAGAUAUAUCUACAGGCUCCACUCAACAGUGCGGUCGGACUGUCCGUGCUUUCACUGUACUGAAGGAACAUUUAUAUCGACACACUGGCCUCCCCAAAUUUGUAUGCAACAAAUGUUAUGUAGGCUUUACCGAGUUCGCCACCUACAAGGAGCAUUUCAUGUGGAGCUUGACCGACAGAGACAAACCCUAUUUGUGCGGAUCUGCCGCCAACUUUGGUUCCGAUAGUGGUGUCGGAGAUACAGUGGGUUCAGCCAUCGGUGGACCAUCUCAAGCACAGAUGAAUCAGGAGCAUUCCAGACCACGGAUUCAGUUCGAGCGAUGCCUAUACUGUGCGAAACAGUUCCUGACUAAGCAUCGUCUGUGGGCUCAUCAGAAGGCGCUCAACUGUGUUCCUCCUCAGGAACGUGCGACAAUUCGAGCGAACCUCAGACUGCUUGAGGACCGGACAUGUGUGACCAGAUUUAAAAGGAAAUCCAACUGCACACAUGUACCCCGCAAUAUACAUCUACCUGAUGUGAACACAGAUAAGACGUCGCAGUUGUAUUUUUGUCAAGUAGAAGAUUGCGAGUUCCGAAGCGGACUAUAUGCAGCCUACCUACGCCAUUUCAAGCGCUUCCAUCACCCCAGUAAUCCUGGUGGAGUGUGGUACGAGUGUCACAUCUGUCGUGGUUUCCGUGUUCGGAAAGUGCAGACUAUAUCACAUCAUUUGAGAAUCGUCCAUCGCUUUCGGCCGCAAGGAGAAAGACAACGGUUCUCUUACAGUUGCAAUCAGAAUGAUGGGAUUUACCGUUUGACUGGGUUACCCCCUGCGCCAAAUACUGGGAACCUUCGAAAGAUUUUACCUCGCACCACCUGAAACGUCGCAUGGAUAUCUGUUUUAUCGGUGCAUUUAUAUGUAAACAUUGGCAUGAGCAAAUACUAUGGAGCUGGAAUUUUUAUUAUUGAUUUCCGUCAUUGCUUGUGCUGCAUGGCUGCUGCAGGCAUCAUCUUUUCUUCAACCAUGCAUUCUUUGAUAAUUUUGUCCUGUUAUUACUUUGAUUCACAAUAAAUUUUUCUAAAAUAA